AUGAAGCGAUUCCUCACUCCAUUCAUCCUUCUCCUCCCGGCCCUGCUGUUUCCAGGAUUAUCCAGAGCCAGAUAUAUUAACCAGCAAGGCACUGAAGGUCCCAGAGAACCUAGGGAAGAGUCCCAUGGACAAGGAACAAAUGGAUCUCACUUGUUACACCACCAAGUAAAACGCUACCUCUUACCACGCACUCCCCCUUUCGAGGAACCUGAACCAGAUUUCAAAAUUGUCAACUGCAGGAGGAGUGAAGGCUACUGUCAGGAAUACUGUAAUUAUAUGGAAGUACAAGUGGGCUACUGCUCUAAGAGAAAAGACGCCUGCUGUUUACAUCAGAACUGA